UCUUUCUCUGUGACGGUAGCUUCCUGGGGAGGUUAUGAUGGCGGGCUGUGACUCCAUCAGUAGCCCAGUGGUGCGACAGAUUGACAAGCAGUUUCUGGUCUGCAGUAUUUGUCUUGAUCGAUACAACAACCCCAAGGUGUUGCCAUGUUUGCACACAUUCUGUGAGAGGUGCCUGCAGAAUUACAUCCCACCCCAGAGUCUGACCCUGUCAUGCCCUGUCUGUCGUCAGACCUCGAUCCUCCCUGAGAAAGGAGUGUCCGCUUUGCAGAAUAAUUUCUUCAUCACCAACCUGAUGGAGGUGCUGCAGGGCAAUGCAGCCUGUAGCCAGGAACAAGCCUCUCUGAAGGAGACAGUCAGUGCAGUGUCCGGACACUCCCUGUCAUGUCCCAACCAUGAAGGCAAGGUUCUUGAGAAACAGUUGGAGUACCUGCUGCAGGGUCGGGAGAAAAUCCGGAGCAGCUCAGAAUUCACGGAGCAGGCCUUGAGUCACGGCACAGAGACAGAGGUGCUCCUGGUGAAAAAGCAGAUGACGGAAACGUUGAGUGAGCUCGCUGCACAAGACUUUCCUCUCCAACCUCAGGAAAAUGAGCACCUAGACCUGAGGGUGGAGACUGAUGGGGUGAGGAAAUCCAUCCAGAAUCUUGGAGUCCUGGUUACCACCAAUGCUGUGGCACAGCAGACUGUAGCCACCGGAGAGGGCCUUCGGCAUGCUGUGGUUGGCCAGCAGACCACAGUUACUAUAACAACCAAGGAUAAAGACGGAGAGCUUGUGAAGAGCGGUAACGCGAUCCUGCAGGCAGAGAUCAUUGCUCCUGACGGCAGCUCCACUCAGGGCGAGAUCGUGGACAAUAGGAACGGCACGUAUGAGCUCCUUUACACACUGAAGAUGGAGGGCGACUUCACACUGUCUGUGACUCUGUAUAAUCAGCCUGUCAAAGGGAGUCCUUACCGAGUCCGAGCUACCAAACCCUCUGACUCCUCACAUUCUCCUGAGGACGUCAAGCGCAGGGUCAAAUCUCCAAGUGGUGGCCACAUCCGUCAGAAAGCUGUCCGCCGUCCGGCCAGUAUGUACGGCACUGGCAAAAAAAAGGACAAUCCCAUUGAAGAUGAGCUGAUUAUCCGUGUGGGGACCAGAGGGCGAGAGAAAGGGGAAUUCACCAACCUUCAAGGAAUCUCUGCUUCGGGAAAUAAUCGUAUCGUGGUGGCUGACAGCAAUAACCAGUGUAUCCAGGUCUUCUCCAAUGACGGACAGUUCAAGCUACGAUUUGGGGUCCGAGGACGGUCUCCAGGCCAACUGCAACGGCCAACCGGAGUGACCAUCGACCCCAAUGGGGACAUCAUCGUGGCUGAUUACGACAACCGCUGGGUCAGCACCUUCACCCCUGAUGGCAAGUUCAAGGGUAAGAUUGGAGCUGGGAAGCUGUUGGGACCAAAGGGAGUUGCUAUCGAUCACAAUGGUCACCUGAUCGUGGUGGAUAACAAGGCUUGCUGUGUCUUCAUUUUUCAGUGCAAUGGGAAGCUGGUGUCUCGGUUCGGGGUGCGUGGCACUGCAGACAGACAGUUUGCAGGCCCUCACUUUGUCGCCGUGAACAACAGACAUGAGAUCCUGGUGACCGAUUUCCACAACCACUCAGUGAAGGUUUAUAAUUCUGACGGUGAAUUCCUCUUCAAGUUUGGAUCACAUGGAGAGGGGAAUGGACAGUUUAAUGCUCCCACCGGGGUGGCUGUUGAUAGCAAUGGGAACAUCAUCGUCGCUGACUGGGGAAACAGCCGAAUACAGGUGUUUGACAGCUCCGGGUCCUUCUUGUCUUAUAUUAACACCUCUGCUGACCCUCUGUACGGACCACAGGGUCUGGCACUGACCUCAGAUGGACAUGUGGCUGUUGCAGACUCGGGGAAUCACUGCUUCAAGAUUUACCGAUACUUGCAGUGAAUCAAACUUCCAGAACUCUGUCGGAGGCCUAAACCUGAGGCCCAGUUUAACUGCUGUGCAUUUUGUCCAUCGUAGGACAAGUGAUGCUUUUGGGUUUUGUGUUUUUGUUGUAAAUGCAGAAAGCAGCAAUGUUUGAGCAAGGCCCAAGGUCAGAGUUCACCAAUGGGCAUACCCAUUGCCUAGACACAAAAUGAACACUUGACUCCAACACUAGCCCAAAGGGAUUUGUCCAGAAAGUCUUGCCCAUUUUCAUGGAUACUCCUCAAGACAAGCUUCCCAACUAAGGAGAAGGAAUGGGCCCUUUAUGGCAUAUGGAGCUCUCACAAGGCAGACCCUCCAAUGCACAGGCUCACCUCCCCAACACUGAAUCAAUUAAAGUCAGUGUGUGUAUGGGACCCUGUACAGUGAGAGUGUGUGUGUAUGUGUGUGUGUGAGAGAGAGACCCUAUACCCUACUUAGAUGUAAGGCCCAUACCCCAGAGAAUGUAUAUGUGAGGGAUCAGUUGCUGCAUAUCCUGAGAUAGAUUCUGUGCAAUUGAAAUUGCUAAUCGCUGUGAUCAGUGUUUUGCUGAUGGUUUGUGCCUGGAAUCAAGAGCAUUAAUGCGUCAGUUUCCAUGGAUCAUGUUGGGGGGAGAUGUAAAUAAUAGGAAAUUAACAACUACAAAGACAAUCGACAUUCUGAUUUCCA